ACCGCGCGAUGCCAGGCCCGGCGGAGCUGCGGCGGCCCCCGCGUCCGAUCGUCACCGGCUGAAUCCCGGCUCACGGUGGAGGCUGAGUCGGAUCUGGACGCACCGCGCAUGGACGCGUCGGGUUCCCCGCCUCCUGGGGGGACAGGAGGUGAUGACCACACAAGAACUGCAAGAGAGACACCCAGGCGACUUUCAAGAGAACAGCUUUUUGUACUGAUAUCAGCAGCUUCCAUGAACUUAAGUUCUAUGAUGGCCUAUUCUAUCCUUGGACCCUUUUUCCCCAAGGAGGCUGAAAAGAAGGGAGUCAGCGAUACCACGAUUGGUAUGAUCUUUGGAUGUUACGCUUUAUUUGACUUGCUGUCAUCUUUGGUAUUUGGAAAAUAUCUGGUAUAUAUUGGAGCAAAAUUUAUGUUUAUAGCAGGAAUAUUUGUCUCAGGAGGAGUUACAAUUCUCUUUGGUGUCUUGGACCAAGUUCCAGAUGGACCAAUAUUUAUUACUAUGUGUUUUCUAGUGAGAAUAGUAGAUGCAAUAAGCUUUAGUGCAGCAAUCACUGCAUCGGAUUCCAUCCUCGCAAAGGCUUUCCCAAAUAAUGUGGCUACAGUAUUGGGAAGUCUUGAGGUUUUUUCUGGACUGGGACUAGUAUUAGGUCCCCCUUUAGGAGGCUUUUUGUAUCAAUCCUUUGGCUACAAGGUACCUUUCAUUUUUCUGGGAAGCAUAGUUCUACUGAUGAUACCGCUCAACAUAUGUAUUUUACCCAAUUAUGAGUCUGAUCCAGGUGAACACUCAUUCUGGAAACUUGUCACUGUACCCAAGGUUGGCUUUAUAUCCUUCGUCAUCAUCUCGUUCAGCUCAUGCUUUGGCUUCCUUGAUCCUAUUCUCUCUCUCUUUGUUCUGCAGAAGUUUGAUUUGCCAGCUGGAUAUGUGGGAUUGGUCUUCCUUGGUUUGGCUCUAUCAUAUGCCAUUUCUUCACCACUGUUUGGCCUACUAAGUGACAAAAUGCCGCAUCGAAGGAAAUGGUUUCUGGUUUUUGGAAACUUAAUCACAGCAGGGUGCUACAUGCUCUUAGGACCUGCUCCAGUCUUGCACAUUGAAAGUCAACUCUGGCUGCUGGUGUUGAUAUUAGUUAUAAAUGGCAUCUCUGCUGGAAUGAGUGUAAUCCCAACUUUCCCGGAGAUUCUCAGUUGUGCAUAUGAAAAUGGAUUUGAAGAGGGAUUAAGUACGUUGGGACUUGUCUCAGGCCUUUUUGGUGCCAUGUGGUCAGUUGGUGCUUUUAUAGGACCCAUGCUGGGUGGAUUUUUAUAUGAGAAAAUUGGUUUUGAGUGGGCAGCAGCUAUCCAAGGUGUGUGGGCUCUGAUCAGUGGACUAGCAAUGGGCUUAUUUUAUCUUCUGGAGCACUCAAGGAGAAGAAGAAGUUCUAAACCUCAAAAUAUCAUCUGCACAGAAGAGGAACAAACGGCUCUCUUGAGUGAUGAAAUCUAGCCUCACAAGCCCUGAAUUGAUAUAAGACUGGGGGAUGGGUGCUCCUGGCCUUCAGCCUCUCUACUGGAAGGGUCUUCUAAACACACAGAACUCCAUGGACCCCACACUAGCAUUCAGGAAGUACGAAUGCAUGUUUUGGAUGAUCCUGCAUUAGGCUAGACAUCCUGUUCUGAAAAGCUGGCCAGCCACAUUUGAAGCAUUACCUAUGACAAACGGAAUGGAGAACCAGCAAAAGUUUGUGGUUUUUCAGUGACCACUCUUGUCCUUGAAGUUGUUACCGACUCUUAUUUGUGGUUUUUUGUUUCCUCUGUUUACUUUUUGGUCUAAGUGCACUGAUUCUAUGAAUGUACUUUUUUUAAUUACAAAGGAAAGAAGUGAUUUGAUAUGCACUAAACAUAUAAGGAUGACUCAAAAUAUAGCAAACAAUUAUUAUGAAACCCAUUUUUAAAACAACAUACUUUCUCUGUGUCCUGAGAUUUUUGUCCUUGUUGAAAAGUCAAAAUUCUUGACGUCCUUGCAAAAAUUCCAUGGCAUUUCCCUCAGUUUUUCUAAAAAUUUUGUGCGUGUGGGAAGUGCAAGAAUAACACUUAUGGCUUUCAUUUUUGUGACUUUUUAAUUACAAUCUAGAUUUA